GAGUUUGAUUACAAAAAUUGAUUCUUCAGUUUCCAGAAACGAUACUGACGUAUUUUAUAAUAUUUUUGGCAGCUUUUCCUUCAGUGUAAAAUGCCUUCAAUGAUGUUUCUGAUAUAAUCAUGAAUGGUACCCAGUUUUAUGCAGAUUAUAUACAAGUAUGGGAAGUAUAAUAGCUGGAACCUUCAGAUAUCUUAAGUGCCAACAACUGGAGAUGUGUCAAAAAGGUGGAAGAAUGGGUCAGGUAUCAAGGUUCAUGGAUGCCCUAUCUCGGGGAGAAACUUUAAAAACAUUAUUUGGUUGCUGCAUUAUGACCACCAUGCUACAUUACGUCAUCAAAUUCGAGCAAAUCCGUGAUCAUGGUGACUACAAGAGUUUAAACUUGCCAGUAGAUGAAACAAAUAUAGCCGAUUAUGCACCAUUACAUCUUACAAAAUUUGAAACUUUUCCUACAGAAGGAAAUUUACGUAUUCCUCGUAUAAUCCAUCAAACGUGGAAAGAUACAGAAAUACCACGAAAAUUGACAGGAUGGGUAAAAUCGUGGAAUGAGAAAAAUCCCGAUUACAAAUAUUGGUUAUGGACAGAUGCCAGUGCUAGAAAAUUGAUUGCUGAUAGACAUCCACAUCUGUUAGAUACAUUUGAUAAUUAUCAUGAAGGUAUAAGAAGAGAAUGCUCUAAGAUAUUUUAG